ACCUACCAUGUACCUGACCUUACACAGACAUGUGUGCACGAGGAGAACGUGUCAAGAGCAGCAGGAUGGGGAAGAUGGAAAACAGACAGCACGGGGAGGAGUGCUGGGUAAGGUGGGCUGGGAGUCUCUGUGAAGCUGAAGAAGAUGGCAGCAGCAGGAAACGUGGACAGGAGCAGGAGCAUGUCAUUUCGACCACAAGCACGAGCACGACGGCGACCACAACGACGUCAAGAAGGGGCGAGCACGCGGUGUUGAAACAUCCAGGCUGGCAGAGAUGUCUUGCAGAUAGCCACGUGGGAUGCGCAGAGGUUGAUCGGCCGGAAACCUUAAUGGACUCCACCAGCAGACAUCAUCGUCAUCACAGUCUCUCCCGUCAACUGAGUGUUUUCAGGUCCGCCUUCACAUGCCAAGGCCAGUCAUUCGGACCGUGAACGCAUUCCACAGGCAAGUUGCAAGGAAUGAUGGAAAGCAGCACGCACCUUCUCGCUCUUUCCACCUCGGCCUCGCCCCUUCCCACUUCAUUCAGCGUCACAUGCCCGUCAAAGCAGCCUGUCCCACCCUACGUCACUGCCCUGAUGGGUCUCUCUAUUCGAAAUUAAUUGGCUUAGCUGGGUCGCGCCUUCACUUGUGAGCGCAUCACGCGUCAUACGCGCCUCCCACCUGCUUGCAGCCCACAUUCACUCCAGCAAGAACGUUGUGGAGGGGUAGCAACCACACUUGACUAUAAGACCACUUCUUCCAGCCUUCGUCCUCCCUCUCAUCUACACCAACACAAGCAAGCCACUUCCACAAGCAACUCUCAACACACAACCACCAAAACCAACCACCAACCAACCCACCACCACCUACCAACAACAUGUCUGCACCAAACGCUGAUAAGCCAAAUGAGGGCAUCGUCGGCCAGAUCGGCAACUCCAUCCAGAACGCCGCCAACUACGUCUCUGAGAGCGUCCAGGGCAAGUCUGCUGAGGCUUCCAAGGAGGCCAACAAGGAGCAGGCCAAGGGCAACACACCAAACUCUGGUCUCGGUGACCGCCUCAGCGGUGCCACCGGCGCUGUCAGCGACAAGCUGAGCCAGGAGAAGCACGAGGGCGCUGCUUCUGCCAACAAGCACUCGGUCUAAAGUGGUUCGCGCUUCGUCCACGAUUCACACAGACACGACUUCACCACCUGAGCAUGACUGAAGGAUGAUUGAAGCAUGACUUUACGGCAGCAUUGAGCCCGCUAUUAUGGCGCGGACAGGACAGACCUCAGAUACCCCAGAAUCAAUUGCUUUCUGAAACCCC